GCAUAACUACACUACACUAUAUAUGAUUGUCAAAGAGAGGAAGACCAUUUGAUACUUGGUGAUGACUGCCUUGUCGUGAGGGAAGAAAGAAUUAUGGCUGGUGGAUCGAGGAGUAGAGUCGAACGAAAUGAAAUGAAUGACAUCAUAGUUAGACAAUUGAAUGAUGCCAUGCCUGAAAUAAUUGCUCAGGUCAUUGCAAAGGUUAAUGCGACCCUCAACAGGAACAAUGAAAAUGGCAAUAAUAACAUCGAUAACAAUGCUCAAGGUUGCAGUUACGAUACUUUUAUGACUUGGGACCCGAAGGAAUAUUAUGGCACGGAAGGUGCUGAAGAACUACUUCUUUGUUUUAUAAGUAUGGAGAUGAAAUUCUACAAUAGUGAGUGUGCUGAAGAGCACAAGGUGGAGUACGCAUCAAAACAGUUUCGGAAGCAAGCAUCGGAGUGGUGGGAUAAUUUGAUCCAGACUCGUGGGCUUACAGCUGCUUAUCGUCUUACAUGGGAUGAACUGAAAGAGUUGUUGAAGAAAGAAUAUUACCCAACAAAGGCCGUACAACAAUUUGAGAGGGAGUUUUUGUACCAUACCAUGAAGGGAACUGAUAUAGAUGCAUACACUAGUCGAUUUUAUAAGCUUUUGUUAUUGGUGCCACAUAUGGCCCAAUCUGAAGAGCGACGAAUAGAGAGCUAUACUUGGGGAUUAGUGCCUGAGAUCAGAAUGUAUCUCAUCAUAGGUAAACACACUACUCUUCAGGAUGCGGUCAACACGGCCAAAUCUAUCAAUGACUUGAUCGGAAUAGAGAAAGAUAAGUACGUUGAAAAGAGGAAGACAGUGAAUCGAUCAAGGAAUAUGGACCACAACAAGAUUAACAAGAAACGGAAAACUUUGAGAACUUAUGGAAUCAUGGCAUCUGGACCGAGGAAGUACAAUGGACCUUACCCAAAGUGUUAUAGGUGUUAUCUACACCACAUAGGUGAUUGCCCACUCUGUGACAAAUGCAAGCAGCCGGGUCAUUUUGCUAAGCGAUGCAAGAAUGAAGCUGUAAAUGAUAGUUUUAGAAAGAAAUGUUUUGGAUGUGGAAGUCAAGAGCAUCUCCAGAAUGUCUGUCCAAGAUUGAAUGGAGCGCUGAACAAUAAUGUUAGGAAUCGGUAAAGGCACCUAUGAUCGGAACAAAAAAGGCGAGGAAUGCCCUAUGUUUUUGCUGUGUUGCAAGCUCCCCUAUGAAUCCCCUCUUACAUAGUUGCAUGGUGGUCACAUGUGCCUGGAAGCAAAGUGGGAGCAACCUUGUGUAUCUUUUUUUGUUUUCAAUCUAUCGUCGUUCUCUAAGUUUAGUAGUAAUAUGUAAUGGUGAAGCUGAAUUCUUACUAGAAAAUUAAGUUGUUUAUUUGGAGACAGUUUUAUCUAUGCUAUAUAUAAUUUGCCUGUUCAUGAUGUCUUUGGUUUAGAUCCAUAUAUCAUGUCAAACCCUUUCAUGCUAUAACCAGUUAACCACCAACUUGGUACUAUGUGUACAAAACACCCAUACUUUACUGCCCCCAAAGGAAGUGUUCAAGUUUCUUUAUUGGCUUCAUUUAUUUGAUAUAGUCAUAUUUAGUCUAUUUGCUGUACAUUUCUCAUAUUUAAUAUACAUACAUAUAUGUAUAAGUCUCAUGGCUCAAGUUGACUCCUCUGUAUCAGCUUUUUUUAGAAUGUGAGCAUUUCUGUAAGUUUAAAAGUCCAGUUGAUAUUUGUGACACCCAUUAACUGCAUGAUUUAUUUGAAAGGAAGUGUAGUGCAAAAUGAAUAACAUGAACCAUUACUCAGCCGGUGAUCUGGUUAUUAUGUGAGCCGAUGGAACCCGCAAAUAGGUGGAAUGGUAAAGCACCUCGAUGAAACCCCCUGUUUCCUUUUUACAUGAUCAAUCCAAUUGUCUCAAUAUUGAAGUGUACCACAGUCCACGAAAUGCUGUUGAAAGCCUCGAUCAAGUGCUCCAACGGAGCAAAUCACUUGCCCUAAAGGUUUGUGUCAUAAUGAGAACAAAAUGAUCAGGUAUUUUGAUGGGGGUAUGUCAGUUUGAGAAUCAGAUUCGGCAAACCGGCAAACGUGGGAGUGGUCAUGUCUUUCCAGAUGUGCGACGGACUACUCCAUCACCGGAGUCUCAAAUAACAACGGUGGCAGCAGCACCGGCAGCUGAAAACCUACAAAGCGCUAAGGUACCGAGUCGACUCAGUAGUAGCUCAAAAUCUCGACGUUCUUUUAAACCAUUAUCUUUUUUUACGAAUUUCACGGGAAAAUCCCGAUCGUCGUCUUCUACGGCCGCCAUUGAAACUAAGCCGAAGGGAACUCGUUUCAAUGAAAAAGAUGCAAAGACAAAAAAGCAGUUAUUCGGUUGCCCCAUUUGUUACGAAAAGUUAAUGUGGAAUGGUGAUCCAGUUUUCUCAGUAGAUUCUAUGCCCAGGUGUAUUUUGAAAUGUAGCACCUGUAACAAGACUUACAGUGGUAAUAAAACACAUCUUGAUCUAACAAUAACCAGUGGCUCCAAGAAAUAUGAUGAAUCCUUCGCAGCUUCGUCUGAGCUUUUUAGGGUGCCCCUUGUAUCAUUUCUGUACGAGAAGGGUUGGCGACAAGCUUUUUCAAUAUGGUGUGGUUUCCCGGGCCCAGAAAAAGAGUUUGAACUGAUGAAAGACUAUCUUAAUCCAGUCAUCGGAGGAAAUAUUAUUGAUGCUAGCUGUGGUAGUGGGAUGUUUUCAAGGCUUUUUGCAAAGAGUGGACUAUUCUCUCUUGUCGUUGCAUUAGAUUUUUCAGAGUCCAUGUUAAAGCAGACCUACAACUACAUCAAUCAGGAUGAAAACAUAUCUAAAGAGAACUUAAUCUUGGUUAGAGCUGAUAUUGCAAGACUUCCAUUUUCUUCAAGUUCUAUGGACGCUGUGCAUGCUGGUGCCGCUCUUCAUUGUUGGCCUUCACCAUCUUCUGGCGUAGCUGAAAUAAGUCGAAUUCUCAGACCCGGAGGAGUUUUUGUUGCUACCACCUAUAUAAUAGAUGGCCCUUUUUCAUAUAUCCCCUUUUUAUAUCCUAUGCGUGAGAAUAUGGGCCAAAUAUCUGGAAGCCACCUUUACUUAUCCGAACGUGAAAUAGAAGAACUGUUCUUAGCUUGUGGACUGGUGGAUUAUACGUUUAUCAGAAAUGGGCGAUUUAUUAUGAUAUGUGCCCGAAAGCCCAACUGAGAAAAUGCUUGAAUAACCCGAUGAAGAUAAAGGUAGCUCUGGCUUCUGUCAUCAUUGUAACAAUUGUAUAUCAUGUUGUAUAUGAAUAUAUUUUACAAUAAAAUGAUUUAUGUAAAAAACCAAUAACACUAGCCAUCA